CCCACUUUAGAAUGACACAAACAGGCAGACCACCCCCUGAUUCCGAGUGACCGUAUGCUAAAACACACAAAAAAUAACACUUCUGGAGACUAAAAACAGAAAAUCAGGAGGAAAUUACAAAGAUGGAAGAAUGUGAAAAUCUGGACUCUGAGAUGACUGAGCUGCAGGAGUUGGCCUCAGAUGUCAACAGCCAGGAUGACGAAGAUGAAGUGGAAGAGCUACAUAACAGUUUGCGAGAAGUUGUCCAGGACCAGGCGGUGAAGCCCAAGCUCCAGUGCCUCAUGGUUGACCCGUCGUUCUCGAUGGUUACGGUUCAAAGUGAGGACAGUGGUAUUGUUUGGGAGACUGCUUCCAGCCGUUGUUCCACUCCAUGGGCCUCUGAGACAAGCUCCACUUCAGAAGCUUACAGCAUGGAGGGAUCUGGGGGUGCAGGAAAGAUUACCAUCGUCUUUGAUGAAGAGAAGGUGGUCCGCAGGAGGACGAGAUCUGGAAGCAGAAGCAGCAGCAGGUUGGGGGACCGGCUGAGACGACCUAGCAGUUCAAGAUCAUCUUCAGCUUUGGGAGCGGAGAGGCCGGAGAUGGCAGAGGUUUCUCUUCCCAAUGUCCAACAGGACAAAACGAAAACAGACACAGACUGGGAGGAAAUAAAAACCAAGGAUCAGCAGUUGUUCAGUUUAAUUUCUGAGGGUUAUGAAAUCCUUAACAUAAGAGUCCCCUCCAAACUUCCCACCGUGGACGAGGAGGAAGCUACAGAGCUGCAGGACAAUUUGUCUUACCUGGACCAGACGCCUAAGAUCAGGUCCCGAAACCACCGUGACUGGGCCGAAUACAAGGAUCAUGAUCAGCCAGAAGGGGAAGAAAUACACACUGAGCCCUCAAAACAAAGUACGUCACAGCUCUCAGCAGACAAAGAGCCUGGAAACUGGCUCACUCAGAAAGACAACACCAGUGACAUUGACUACUUUGAAAAUUUCACCCUUUUGGAUAAUGUGGCUCCUGGAGAUCAGGCAUCCGAGCUGCAGGAAGAGGAAGGAAAGCAGCCACCAACCAAAACUCAAACAGAGCAACAACCUGUGCCUGUGAAAGAGGCGACCACAGACAGCCCCGCUGUGUCCGAGAACUCUUUUGUGAUGGUUACAGAUGUAGAGAUCGUUGGGGAACACCUAGAUGAGGUCUUCUACGGAGAAGGACCCACCACUGAUAUGCUGAGGCAGAGGGGAGAGGAGGAAGGCAAAGCUCGGAUGAGAACAAGACGAGAGAGCCAGAGAUCAGCAAAGGAGAGCGGCUCAGUGUUGUUCUCUUGCGAAGAGACCACUCUUACUCCUAUCUUUAUCUCACCGGGACCUCCUAAGAUCAUUGACCCCAUACUCCUGGAGGAGCCCACAGCCAUGUCCUUCAUGUACUCAGACCUUUAUGAGGAUGCUGUAGGUGAGAGGAGGAGGAGUGAUGAGGAAUACUCGGAGGCAGAAAGCGUCGCAUUGGAGAAGUCCUGCAAGAGGAGGUUCUCCGACUCGGAGGAGGCAGACGGGUAUCUGGAGAAAUUUACUUUAAAAGAUGAAACACCAGCAGUGAGUGUUCAGCCAGAGCCAGUGGAUGACAUGAGUGAAGGGAGGAUGAUUUGGCAACAGGGUAAGUUUGAAAUGACCGGCUCCUUAAUAAGAGCGGCACAAGAGGAAGAAGAGAAGGAAAAGACAAAGACAGAGGACAGGAAGGUGCAGGAGGCCAGUUCUGGAAUGAGUGUUGAGAAAAAGGGACUUGUGUCAAACACAGAGGAAGUGAAGGAAAAAUUACAAACAACCAUUUUGGCUCAGGCGCCAGCUGUGCGACAAACCUCAGGAGAUUCAAACCAGCAGCUUAAAUCAACAGUGGAACAGAUGGAGACACGACAAGCGCAACAUGAGGUGAAAACGGAUCAAACUGAGCUGCUCGAGCCAAAAACAGAAAAGCUACUGAAACUUCACCAGAUGGAAACUGAAGUGGAGGAGAGUGAGGGACUUCAGAGAGAAGAUGAAAACAAGCAAAGCUGCGCUGACACGGAGCAUCCAAGUCAGACACUCAAAAUGUCCGAAGAGCUUCUGGUGUCCACAGAGAUGACAGUACCUGUGAGCAGAGAGGAGGAGCCUCCAACAGGAAGUGAAUCCGAAACAACGGAAAACACUGAAAAAAGUUGGUCUAAAGAGCCAUCUGCUGACUCAAAGAGAGAGUCGACUGAUCAGAAACGGGCAGAAACAGAGGCCUCAGCUCCAGUGACAACACAUGGAAAUGAAACCUUCAGCUCACCUGAACUCCUCGCAGAAACGAAGUCGCCUACUGAAUUAUCCCUGAGCGAGAACAAAGAAGCAGCUCCUGAAGACCUUUUGGAGGUCGUCACUGACUGUGAGGUACAAACAGUGGUGGAGGUAACGACAGUGAACAAAGAAGAGCUGCACACUCAAGUUCAAAUCGAUCUUCAGGAUAUAACGGAUGCCAAAACUUCAGUUCCCGAAGGAGACAAACAGCAGGAGUCUUGGACAGAGGAGGGUGUCGCUGAUAUUCAGAGUGAAUGUGCAGCCAAAGCUGCAGCAGCUGAUCAGGAGUCAGAGGUUAAAACUGAAAUCUCAAGUGACGUCAACCAACCUGCGAUGUCUGAGGAAGUUGAAACAAAACCAGACGAGAAACAUCAGCAACUAACUGAAAGUGAACAGUGGCAAAAAGUGGUAGAAAAUGAAUCGAAUACGGCAAAGCCAACACCAGUCACCAGCUCUAAGAUGCCCACAGGGGACACUGGGACCUGUGUUCAGGAAGUUGUGACUGUCGGAGACGAGUUUGUCCUUCUUGUUCCAAAAGGUCAAGCUGUAGAGAUGGACAUAGAGAUUGGUCAGUGGACAGAGAGGAUUAGAAAAGACACAAGCACUCCUCCUGAACCCGACCACACUGGGGAAGUUCAAGCACCUGAGCCUGAAACUGAAGAAGAACCAAAAGGUUUGGAUGAAAAACUUCCCACCAAUGAUACAGACAAAGAAGAUUCACUGGCACCUGUAGAAGAGGACAACACAGAGGAGCAGAAUGAGAGAGAUUUAGAAGAGGACAACAUGGUCUUUUCUCCACUUAGGAGUUUUACUCCCCAAGAUGAUUUAUCUGGGUUUUGUGAUAUAAAGUCAGAACAAGUAGAUGAACAAAAGGCAGCGAUCUAUGAGAAAGAGAACGUACCAGAGACAAAUGUCCCUAAAGAGGACUCAGGAAUGUGUAUUGAUGAGCGCAGUGAAGGUGUAGCACAAAGUACAGAGCAAGCGGAGGCUGUUUUAGAUGCUCCAGAUGAACUUGUUGAUCAACUCGGAUAUGAAAUGAUAUCUGAGAAGGAAGCACAGGAUAUGCCCGAAUCGAAGACACGGAGAGACACAGAGGAGUUUGGGCUGCAGCCAGAGGAGAGGAUGGAGACAGAGACAGAGAAGGAGCAGAGGGAAGAAGAGUUUGGUGAAGACGUAAUUGAGGCAGAUUAUGAGAUCAUUGAUGAAGAGGAGGAGAGUCAGGCCCGACUGGCUGCUGAGCUGCAGGGUUUGGACUGGUUCUGUUCCACCUGUGAACGUCUGCUGUCAGAGGAUGAGUCCAUGUCAGGGGAGCACCAAAGCCAUGACAUGAAGUUGGUGGAAAAAGCCUACGAGGAAGUCAAGGAGACGCUGAGUGUUUGGAUCUCAGAGCUUCAGGAGAGAUCGGAGAACAACGAGGACUUGGUGUCUGAGCUGGAGCUGGCCUACAAUUCUGUAGAGGAGCAGUUUGUGGAUCGAGAGGCAGCCAUGCGGGUGCAGAAUGAGGAGAUGAUGGCUCUGGUGAUGGAGCAGUACAACCAAAUGUCUGUCACCAUGGAGGAGGAGAAGAAAGCCAAGCUGGAGCAACUCUACGACAAGAUUGUUUCCUUCCAGGAGAACAUAGACUCAGCCAAGUCCACCCUGGAGACCACGAGCAGAGAGGCUGAGACUGAUGCGAGGUCACCUGAAGAUAUUUGUGCAAGACUGCAAGCAGCUCUGGACUCAGCCUCGUCACUGGAGCUGGGUCCCAAGGGACUGCUGGUGUUUGAGGACUACACCAAGACCAACGCCUCCAGCUCCAACCUCGCACAGCGCAAAGGAAUCCCAGUGCCUCAGAGGCCCACGCUGCAACCCCAGGAACCGGGCUCUGCCACCAGCACCAGCGUCACGGUCUACUGGAAAGUCAACCCAGGAGACAUCAUAGACUGCUUUCAGGUCUACUGCAUGGAGGAUCCACAAGGAGUCGUGUCAGAGGAGUACCGGGUGACGGUGAAGGAGAGUUAUUGUGUCCUGGAGGAACUGGAGCCAGACAAGACAUACAAGGCGUGGGUGAUGGCCGUCAACUAUACUGGUUGUUCUCUGCCCAGUGAGAAACUCCUCUUCAGAACAGCUCCGUCGGUGCCAGUGAUCGACACGGAGCGCUGCACCGUCCUGUGGGAUUCUGCCACGCUGAGGUGGAGCCCAGCUCAACAGAGUCCCGGACAGAGUUACACUCUGGAGUACUGCCGGCAGUAUGAGCUGGAAGGAGAAGGGCUCCGAUCAAUCUCAGGAAUCAAAGUUUGCGAACAAAGAGUUCUCCUGCAACCCAAUGAGAAUUACCUGUUUUACCUGAAAGCUGUGAAUGCAGCAGGAGUCAGUGAGCAAAGUGAGGCUGCGCUCGUUUCUACAAGAGGGACGAGAUUUCACCUGCUGAAAGCUUCAGCUCAUCCCGCUUUGAAGCUGUCAGACGACCAGACCACCCUGCACUUCUCCCAGGAUGCUCACAAAACCACAGGAAAAGAGUGUCCAUCCAUCCUGGGGGAGUUGCUGCCUCCUCAAGGGCUCCAUUACUGGGAGACUGUGGUGUCUGGAUGUCCAGCCUACAGGCUCGGAGUAACGUGCACGGCAGCCAAUAGAAGCAGCUCACUUGGGGAAAAUGGCACGUCAUGGUGUUUGCAGUGCACCCCCACCCCAUCAGGCUGUAGGUUUCAGUUACUCCACAGUGACGUUCAGUCCAGCGUGCUCGUGACUGAGACGCCUGAGCGAGUGGGCGUCCUCUUGGACCAUCAUCUUGGUCGUCUGUCCUUCUACAAUCCCCACAGCGGACAGUUGUUAGGGACGUUCAGGGAGCGUUUCAGCCAGCCCUGCCAUCCUGUGCUGGCCCUGGAGCAGCCGGGCAGCCUGCAGCUGUGCACGGCGCUGGAGGUACCAGAGUUUACCAAAGAUGCCUAA